AUGUCGUUAAUAUCAAGCUUAUUAUUUAUAAUAUCUUCGUUUCAAUUGUUUCAUUCAGGGUUCUCAAGCUUUGAAUUCCACCAGCUUAAGAAACAACCGCACAUGUAUAAUGGACUACAGAAAGAAAUCCGGUUACCUAUUGAUAUACAGCUUGAAGUAAUCACUGGGCUGAUACUAUUCACCUUGGCUGUUUUUCUUUCCUUUGAUAAACUUGAGUAUUUGACUCUAAGGGGACCUAGAAAGCUGCUAUCUCAGAACCAAUACCUAUCAGAAAUUCAGAUGACCGCAGCUACCAAAAAGGAUAAUUUGAUAGGCAGCGAUGCAUAUGGGGAGUUUACAUUCAUGCCAUCAUUCGUCGAUAUCCAUGCCAAGCGUAAGGAGAUCAGGGAAUAUAUAUCCCGCAAAAACCAGUAA